CGAUGACGCGACUGUCCUCGGACAAGAGAAAGACGCCAUUUUGUUUUUUAGCGGUGACGAGGAGAACCGGAAAAUUGUAGCGAAACUGCACCAAAAGAUCUGACACAAUGGGGAAUAUGUUUGCAGGCCUCUUCAAGAAUCUCUUUGGGAAGAAAGAGAUGAGAAUCUUGAUGGUGGGGUUGGAUGCUGCUGGAAAGACUACCAUCCUGUACAAACUGAAACUGGGAGAAAUAGUCACCACCAUCCCCACUAUCGGUUUUAAUGUUGAGACAGUAGAGUACAAGAACAUCAGUUUCACGGUGUGGGACGUUGGCGGUCAGGACAAGAUCCGGCCACUCUGGAGGCACUAUUUCCAGAAUACACAAGGCCUGAUUUUUGUUGUGGACAGUAAUGAUAGGGAGCGAGUGAAUGAGGCAAGGGAGGAGUUGACGAGGAUGCUGGCAGAGGAUGAGUUAAGAGAUGCAGUGCUGCUUGUCUUUGCCAACAAACAGGACCUGCCCAACGCAAUGAACGCAGCAGAAAUUACAGAUAAGCUGGGCCUUCAUUCCCUGCGUCACCGUAACUGGUACAUCCAGGCCACCUGCGCCACGAGUGGAGAUGGCCUGUAUGAAGGGCUCGACUGGCUCUCCAACCAGCUGAAAAAUGCUAAAUGAUCCAUUCCACCCUCCCUCUUCUGUUAGCGCUUUGUGUGUAAGAGUGUGUGUAAAGGGUGACAGCACUGGUUUGAGUCUCACCCGGUUGCCCAGUUUAUUCAUUUCUUUCUUUUUUCCAGUCUUGUAAAUGUCAGAGGCUCUGCCCAGUGCUGUCUAAUAUACACAUGCAGUGACUGAGUGUGUGUGUGUGUGUGUGUGUGUGUGUGUGUACUGAGGGUGGGAGCAGCCUUCUGCACGUAAAGAAUGAACCAGGAUGUUAAAUAUUUGUUACCUAGUACACUUAAAUGAGACCACAGUCCUGAUUUUCAUUUUCCCAAUGUUGAAAGCAAUCACGCAUGAUUAAAAUGUUACAAGGUAUGAGUUGCCAUUCUUUGACCCCCACAUUUGAUAAAACUCAUUGUAACCUGCAUCAGGUUGGGAAAAAGAAGGAAAAAAUCAGGCAAUAAAGUGACAUUUUCCAUCCAUUCUUCUUCAUGUUUUUGAAAAUCAUGCUAAGGCUUUCAGGUAUGUCACAUGUAGCUUUGUGACCAGCUCACGUUUCCUACUGCAUGUAAGCACAAGCCUGUGAGACCUUUAGUUUACAAGUUUGUAUGUUAAACAGCUUGAUGUUGUCUUAAUAUUGGCUGUUGGAAAAACCUUUGACCAUGUGUAUCUGCUCUCUUGAAUCUCAUAGAGCUUUGCAGUUACGUGAUCAAACCCAGAAAAAUGUAUAAAUGCUGUAGUAUGAUCAUCAAAUUGGAUCCCACAGCCUUACAUGUGUUGUAAUUGCCAUGUAAGUAGCAGGAGUUAUGUGUAUUUGGGAUUGUAGAGGGAGUGAGCGCCCUCUGCAGGAGCAGUGAGGCCUUUUGAGCGCUGCUCCCACUCCAGUGGUUCUUUUAGCUCUUUCUUUAUUUUUAUUGUUGUGAUUGAUUAUUUUUUGUUAUUAUGGUCUCUUUCAAGGUUUCCUGACUCCAGUUUACUGUGGUCUCUUGUGUCAGAAAUACUGUCAGAAUCUGAGCAUUUAGGCAAGGCCACUAAUGGCUUAAUUGGAUGCAUGUAUUGUUAUUUUUUUUUUGCCUGAUUAAUGAAUAACAACAAGCUGAACAUCCAGGCACAUCUGCAACUGAUCUUAAAGUGCGACUGAUAAGAAGUUGCCCUGGAAACAGAACAGAGCUUGAAUCUAGGCAUACCUGGAUUUAUCUAUUGUUCUCUGUUGAGAUAUAAGAGAAAUGCAUAUCAGAGCCUUGCAGACUCAGAACAGCUGCAGUUAAAUCCAAACUCUAUAGUAACUUGACAGGGAAAUGCCCACUGUUCCAUGUUUCAUAUUUCUAUCUUUCUUCCUUCAUCUGUUAAUGGCUACUUUACCUGAUGCACCGGUUCAUUUUCAACACAUCACUAAUAGAAAUAAGCACCAGCAGAGAGCGGCUGUGUUCACUUUAGAGCGUGUACACACAUCUUCUCAUUAUCCAGAAAACUGACAAGCAAAUUUUAUUUUCCUUCAUAUUCCAAAGGUUACUGCAGUGUUGAAUACAGCAUUGCACAUGCAUGCUGUUAAGGCCAUGUUCUGGAUGACCCCAAAGGUCCUAACCCUGUACUAACCUCUCACAAAGGAAUUGGUGAUGUUUCACCUUGUCUCCAACUGGACAGCAACACCUCCCGCCCCGCUAUUUCUGUCACCAAGUCAGCAAGUUUCAUAACUCUAAUAAUGUUCUUUGGCUGUUUAGUUAUGAUUACUAUACAGAUCUACUGUAGUAGAUAGAGAUUUAUUUGAAAAAGCAUCAUCUAUGACAAGUAAUUAAAGUGUAUGAACUUAAGUAUGAAAAUGUAUUUAGCUUGCAGGUUUCAUUUAGCUAUGUUCAGAUGUGAAGCUUUGAUGAAGAAAACAAAAUUCUGUAAAAUAAAACAAAAGCAAAGAACGUGUGCAUAUGUUUGUUUUCCUUUACUUCAAAUGUUUUUUUUUUUGUUUGUUUUAGCCUUUUUUUAAACCCAUCUUGUAACAUCUGAUAAAUGCACUAUAUUAAAGAGAUCUCUAUUAAAA